AUGGCCACGCAAGACCCGACCCCGCUUCCUCCUACAACAGUUCUCUCCUCGAAACCCAUCUCGCAAAGCAUCGCUCAUGAUUUCCUGGCCGCCUACCUAGACCGCGCAACCACCGACCCAGCACUCCAGCCGAACGCCGGAAUCAGCGAGCACGGUCCAGUCUCACGUACAACCGCCGCCGCGCCAAAUAUCAUCCUUCACAAUCUGAAGCGCGUGCAGGCUGGACUCGCGGGCGAGGUCUUGGGGCGAGAUUUGGCGAUUGCGGAGAUGAAAGAAGGUGCACAGCUGGCGCAGGCGCAGAACGCGAAGGAGAAUGCACAUGGGACGUGGGAGGAUAAGGCACACUUUGAGCAGGACCAGGAGGGGCUUCAGGUCCACGAUGCUAAUGUUCGGGAUGAGCCCGAGGCUAUGGAGGUGGAUAAUGUUGAUCAGAUUGAGGGGGAGGCCGCUGCGACAACAGGGAACUUGGACAAGGAGGAGCGCAAGCGGUUGAAGAAGGAGAGGAGGAAGGCCGAGAAGAAGGCCAAGUUGAAGGACUCGGAUGAGUAG